GCUACGAUAAAAGUGUUUAUCACAAAAAAACAAAAGAUUGUUAACAACCGUUGGUUCAAGCACACAGUUGCUUUGUAGUAGUGAUGCAUUAGUGCACUUUGCAACUGCAAAAAUGCAACUAACAAAAACGAAACCGUACCGCCGCAGCACCUGAUGAUGAUGACAACGUUCACUUUCAGCUGUGCUGCUCGUGUUGCAAGUGCUGUGUGUGCAAUCGAUAUCUUUCUCCGCUUGGGUGUGUGCGUGUGUGUGUAUGCGUUGUGCUUUUACCCGGAAUCCUUCAAAACGGUGUAAUCAUAAAACGACCGCUGCAAAGUAUGCGUGACCGUGGGAAAAUUCGUGCGCUAGUGCUAGUAGCCGAAUAGUGACAGGAAGCGGCCCAACCAAAUCGAUAGUUGGUGACAUUUAUACAGUUUGCGGCUUUUAGGCUGCAUCAUAUCAAGCAAAUCAGUGAAAUAGAACCCGCAGUGUAACCGUGCUGAAGGAAUAUCUUUUUCCUUGCCUCGCCAACGACUCAUCGUCUCUAAUCUUUGACGCUGAGUAAUCGUUGAUUGCCUCCCCACGACGCCUCCUCCCUCCCAACGUUCUAACGACAGCCACGUGUGGAGGAGCGAAGUCUAAACGAGGAUGAUGAUGAUGAUGAUGUGUGUCCAGCGAGAGCUGCAUAAUCGAUGAUUGUGCCCGAAAUAUCAGCCCUUCCGUCGACCCGUUUGCUGUUUGCUUACCGAUAGCCCUCCUAACGGAUCAUCUCGGAUGUGCCCUAGAGUGUGCGUGUGUGUGUGUGCUGUCUUGGUUGUGUGUGUAUGAUGAUGAUGAUGAUUUGCUUGGAGCAAAUUGAAAAGAAGUGUGCUAUGAAGUGAUUGCACGCAGCUGUGUCGCAGCUGUACCCUGCGGAGUGAGUGUGAGUGUGGAGUGGCUUGAAACUAAUCCUAGUAGGCUAGUGAGCAGGAGCAGUUCCCGGGGCUUAGUUCCAUAAAGCUCACUAUCAAACGGUGGCCAAGGCAGUGUGGGCUCGGUGCAUUUCUUCCCCAAUCGGAGAAGUUUGGCUGCUGAUAAGUAAACCAGAAAAGUGUUUUCCGGGUUAGUGUGUAUACUUGCGUCCUCUCCCUUACCUUGCGUGUCUGUGUGUGUGUGUUUGUGGUGUAGUAGCGGUGUUGUUUUGUGAUUGUGUAGUAGUGUGUGACGGGGCCGACUUCAUAAAAAGGAUGCCAAAUCGUGUAGCUGCCCGGUCGAAGUAGGUAGAAAGUUGCUCUUAGUAACCACACGUUGAAAAUGAUCGAGAAAUUGCGUUGUGGUACACCCGAUGGCAUCCUGCGCCGUGGCUAUUCUCUUGAACGUGUUGGCCAGGGUCCAGGCCGCAGUGACACCCGUGCGCCCAAGAAGAGUGCAGAAUGUGGUGACGUUUCCGUGUUAACCCUUACAGCGUGAGCGUAAAUCGUAACCCAAACAUCCUUUCUUGUUGUUAAUUGUUGCACUAAAACUUCCGGAAAAAAGUAGCCACGACCGUAAUUCUCGACUAAUGGUGUUCAUGAAUAGUGCAUCUUGAGUCCUUAGACUUACCACCUCGGAAACUCCUCUCAACCGAUGAAGAUGGCAUCCGAAACGGAAAAUUCCAUUCCCGUGUGCCCUCCACUGCCGGAACCGGCCGGAGAGCGUGCCCUCUACCGGAAGAUGAUGGGCAAGGGGCACGAAGUGAACGGCAGUGAAGAUAUCGGACGGACGGAAAUGGACGGCCCCGGUCAAGGUGCACCGGAGGGUUUGAAGUAUGCGAAGUAUAAUGUCACCGGCCCAACGGGUCCGCUGGCUGGUGAGUGUACCAAGGAUGGGGUGGGUAGCACGGUAGCGGUGUGCACCGGUGGUACCAUUUCGGUGACGCUGGAAGAGAUUCUGAAAACGUUCAACGCGCCCAUCUCGGAGGAUCAAGCGUGGGCGCUCAUCUACCAGACGUCGCGGAUGUAUAAGGCCCGAUUGCAGGAACCGGGCGGCCGGUUGCGGGACCUUCGACUACCACUGCAUCCACACCAGCUGAACGUCCAGAAGGACGGCAGUUGCAACGUUACGGCUCGUACAGAUAAGGAGCUGUGCAUUCCAUCGACCCAGAAAAAGAUACUGCUCAAACUGGGCAUCGUCGUGUACCGGGCGCUCGACUACAACCUGCCCACUAGUGAAGACUGCCAGAUCUCGCACGAGCUGGAGGAGCUGAUCGACUUCAUGACAUCCGAAGACAACGAUGACGAAGGUAUCGAGCGUGACUCGGAAGAAGUGGAGGAGGACCUGGUGUCGGUCGACAGCGACGGUGACUGUCCGCCCGGCAACGGAACGCUGGGCGGCGUGCUGACGAACCUGGAGGUAGUAAGCGUCGUCGCCAACGGUUGCGGUGGCGGCGAGCGAAAGCAUCUCGAAACCAAAGAACUGGAUCACGUGCUAGAGUACUGCUCAUCGCGUGUAUCACCCUCGAAGCCGGAAGAUCACUAUCGGGCCGUGUGUCGGGCGCUCGUAACGGAAACGCUGGAGCUGCGCACGUUCCUGCAACGAGUAUGUCAGGGCGAGGCGGAGGUCCUGCGGUUAAAGGCCCAGGCGGAAACGACCGGCAAGGAGCUGGAGAAGAUCCACUUCAACGAUUGGUCGGACGAUCAAAGAAUCUGGCAGGCACUGCAAGCCCGCUUUUGGAUGCAGGUCGUCGAUGAGCUGCGGCGUGGCGUACGGUUGAAAAAGAUCAACUUCUCACGAGCGCCCAUCGAGUACGAGCUGACGCCCUACGAAAUCCUGAUGGAGGAUAUCCGCUCCAGAAAGUACAAUCUCCGCAAGGUUAUGGUGAACGGCGACAUUCCGCCGCGGGUCAAGAAGGACGCACAUGCAGUCAUAUUGGAGUUCAUCCGAUCGAGGCCGCCGCUGCGUAAGGCAUCGGAAAGAAAGCUUGCUCCCCAGCCGCUGAAGCGAGUAUCGUGUCCUCGGGAGCAGCUGCUAGACUCGAUACGAAAGGGGCGCGUGCUGAAGCCGGUGAACCAGAAGCUGAAAUCAAGACACUGUGAUUCACCCGAUGGCGACCCGUGCGUCGAUGCCGUCCGCGACUUGGCGUACUGUCCGGCGGACAACCCGGCCACGGUACCGAUGGCACCGUCACCGCGCAAACCACCAACGCCGGCCAAGCACAGGAGCAACAGCAUUGCCGGCGGUACUGUUGCGGGUCUGCCGCCCAUCAAUCGCGUACCGAAGGCGGCCCCACGGGCAACACAACAGCCGCCAACGCCAAAGCCCAGAUCAGUUUUACCUACCACAACCCAAGUAGAUAGCGUAAAGAAAUCGUGCGAUGAUGAAAUCGACACCAGCGGUGCAGCCCACAGCCUGGACGGGAUCGGCAGCAGUAGCAACAGCGGCGGCGGCGGUGGAACCGGCAGCAACCAGAGUGCCAGCUUCCACCACGGUUCCAGCGGCUACUUCAGCGGCGGCAUUAGCACGGCCCACAAAACGAUGACGCUGGGUCGUUCGAGUUUUUCGCACACCAGCGGUACACCCCGUAACACCCUAAGACUGAUACCAGUAGACUUUUCGCUGUUCAACGAUGAUGACUUCAUUGAUGAGACAGCGAACGAUGGCGCAGAUUCGGGCCCGAGCGCUACCAGUGGGGGGCCCCGGAGCCAGCAGCAGAACGGUGGCAGUCACCGGAUACUGUACGGUGGCAGCGUUGGAGGCAAGCGCAGCAGCACAGACGCUGGCGGUGGUGGUGGUGGUAGCGGCCACACCAACGACAGCAACCACAGUACAAACCGGCUGAUGAUCGUCAACAACGAGAACAAUCAGAACAACAUCAACACCGUGCUGCGACGGACAAAGAACAUCAUCACCCACGACGAGUACCAUCGGUUCUGUGAUAAGGCUCUCGAAACCUACGACCUUGCAACGCAGUGCGAAUCGCGACGAGCAUCGAUGCGCCGGCACACCAUCAUCGGCUGCAAUCAGAACUACAAGCUCGACCCGCUGGCAAGCCACUCGGUGCCCGCGUCGCGGCCCGCCUCGCGCCAAUCCGAUCGCGACGCGGCCAAACCGGACACGCAACCGACGGCCAACGGUGUGCCCCCGAAGGAGAAACCCUCCGCCAUGGUGAUGCCGCACGUGGUGAACGGGGCGCGGCCGGCUCCGAUCGGUAGCGCUGCGCCGGCCGCCGGCCAGAACGGCACCAGCAGCAGCAGCACGAUCGAGUACGUCGGCGGCAGCAAUCUGUCGUCGCUGGACACGUGGACCAAGAACUCGCUCGAUGAGCACCAGUGGAAGGACGCGUUCAAUCUGAACGAUCGGCUGUCGCUGACGCUGGAGGAGAUCGUACAUAUCCGCUCGGUCAUGACGAAGGCCGAGCUCGAGGGGCUGCCGGUGGACGUGCACAUCAAGGAGGACGUGGAGAAGCGGAAGGUGUGCUUCCUGUGCCUGCGCACCCGGUUCACGCUGUUUGCGCGCGGCAUCCUGUGCAAGCUCUGCCAGCGGACGGUUUGCAACAAAUGCAACACGAAGAUGCGAAUACCAACCGAACAUUUCCGCAAUGUUCCCGUGGUGCUGCUGUCGCCCUCGCUCAUGAACAGCCCGUGCACCUCCAACACGCCGUCGCCGAGCCAUCACGCGCACGGUACCGGCUCGGGCCCGACCAGCAUGGUGGACGAAUCCUUCCCCCGAUCCCUGAUGGAGCGACUGUUACGACCUGAGUUAGACCGAAAGACUCGCAACACGGUCGGUAGUGCUCCAUCGUCACCAAAGAAUCAGCGCUCUGCCUCGAGCACACCCGGCACCAGCCUGCACGGCACCGAGACGCUCUCCCUCUCCCUGUCCCAUCACGUGUCCUCCUCCGGUGGGGCGUCAAACCACUGCGCCAAAGACGUCACCGUGCCCGCGAGCGUCAUCGCCGCUUCGGCCGCGGCCCAGAAGUGUUCGCUCAUGUCCCGCAGCAUGGAGGGCCCGAACAGUCUGCCGCCGCAGAGCCCGGCCCGGCCCCACUCCAACUGUAGCACGCUGGACAGAAAGAAUCGCUUCGCGAAAGCAUUCACGCUUACCGCAUCCGGACCGGGCGGUGGUGGGCUUGACCCGCAGAAGGAACGGCUUACCGGUGAGCUGAUGGCGGUGUGUAAUGACUGUCGCAGCCUGGUGCUGGAAAUCAUCCGAUCCUCGCGGCAAACGCGUACGACGGCCCGGAACCAGGUGCUGCGCCAUCUGACGCUCGAUAUCUCGCCGGUGUACAAGUAAGCGGUGCCGUUAAACCCCGGGGUGGGCGGGUGGCCGAAAGCAAGCGCACAGUGGAGAGGAGUACAGUGUCUGGGCCCGGUGUGGCCGCUUAUUUAAGGGAGACCGGACAGCUUUGUUACCCCAAAAUCUCCACGCACAUACAUCUACCACAACAGCGCCCCGGAGCAGCAUUCGCAGAAUGAAAUGACGUUGUAUUUAUUAUACUUAUUUAUUAUUCAAAUCCUCCUACAAUCUGGCCCGCUUGCCCGGGUUUGCCGUUGCGAAUAUUUUGUAGAAAGAAGAAGAGGAAGAAGAAAACGGUCGCCUAGGGGGGGGUGGGAGUGUGGUGCUGACACACGGUUGCCGAACCGAUUCGAGACCGAGUAAGCGUUAAGACUGGCUUUGCUAGCGAAUACCUCCAUGGCAUUGUGAUUAUUGUAAUACUAUUUUUUUUUUUUUGGUUGGUUGGCCCCAGGAGACAGAGAAAGAGGAUCGUUGUUUUAUUUGGGAAAAAAGAGUUUUAGACACGGAAAGGAAAUGUAGCCACACAGCAACGCGCGCAGCGGCACACAAAUGAAAACAACAAGCAAACAAAAACGGUUGUAAGUUAUGUGGCUUCGAAGGAAUGGAAGGAAGAAUCAUACGUAUGUUCAGUUCGCCAGUCCCUUUUUUGAUGUUUUUUUUUUUAUUAGUCAAAGGCUACGCACACACACACACACGUGGUUAUAGCCUUGGUCGUGCUCGCUUCGAUCGAAGUUCUUUUUAUCCGGACUCGGGGUUUUCCUGCCGCUAAACAUUAACGCCUGAAGGAUUGUUUUAUGUGUUGUAAAAUAUGUACAUUUCAGGUAUACUAAAGCUUUUUGCCGUUACACGUUGCCCUGUGUUUAGCCUUCGCACGGUCACCCUUGGCGAGCUGUGAGAAUCCAAUUUGCAUUAAAAUAUCGAACCCCCUUUCCCCACCCACCAAUGUUACGAGCAUGUAGAUUCUAACGAGCAAAGGUUGAUCCACCUCGAUCGAAAUGUUUAAGCUUUUUGUUACCCUGCAUCGCUGCAGCUGCACACACACAAGCGCGCGCGCAGAGACAUGCAAUCGAAGCAUGCCGCAGCAUGUGCCCAUGAACAAUCUAUUCCGUAAGUGUAUGUAAUAUGUUGAAAUAAUAAACAGCAAACAAUAAAAUAAUUUUCUUCAUUCUGCAUAAAAGAAAACACGCUAAAUCGAAAAGGCAAAUCGUUCUAAUUUGUGCACAAUAUUGAGGAGGAAAGGAUAACAUAAUUAGGGCAACUUCAAAGAAGACAUUUGCAAUAGCUGAAUACGUUACGGAACCUAUCAUAAAAGUGUAAAUUAAUCAAUUUCGCAGAACGUAGCAACAACAAAUAUUUGAAUCGUAUAACAUAAUUUGAAAAAUUAGCGUUGAAAAGGCAACAACAUAUAACUAACUGCUACAGGACAACUAGUUGCAAAACUAACCACAAAUUCCUUUUUUCGUGGAAAUUGCAUAGAAUACACGGUCGGACUGUUAUAGAAAAGUAGAAAAAAGCGGAAGUGGCGGAAGGUUUAACAAAGAAUGCUUGAACGUUAACGUGGUGGUGGUUCGCUUUCCUUCGCACCAUGCAAGCAAGCAAGAAAGAAACUGUUCGUAGCGAGACAACCUAUCAAGGCGAGAAGAAAAGGGACAGAGUAGCAAAGUGGAAAAUUGAGGCUACGUUUGCUUAUUCCGUUUUAAAUGUACCACACAUACGAUCGAAAAAAAAGGAAGAACACAUAAUCUUAUAGCCAAGAGACAAAUGUUGAUGUUUUUAGCUGUUGAUGAUGAUAUCGCACCACGUGUUUGGCAUGUUUUCUGUGGCAUUUUCCGUGCGGUAGAUGAUAAAUUAACAAAACAAAAAAUUAUUUAACUUAAUCAGCGCACCUACUACUACUACUACUACAUAUAACCUCUUUUAGCCAGUCAUCAUCUGUCUGCGAUACCAUUUUAUCGGUAUGCUGAUGGAAUGUUAGAAGAAAAAUAAACUCCGGGACAUUAUUACAACUUCUUAGAAAAAGGCUGUCAGUAGAACGUAAUACGCAAUGUUGAGCAAAUCUUCCAUAACCAGUUGAUAGAAGGAAAUUACAGAAACUGCAUAAUUAUAUUCAUGCAUCUCCAGUUUUACCAACAAACACGAAAUAUGUACACGCGCGCGAAGAGGUUAGAAAAAUUCCUGCAAAUAUACUCACUACGACCGGAUCAUCAGGAGAAGAGUGAUGAGAAGUAUUAUCAAAAUUGAUGUUAAUCUGUGUGUGUGUGUGAGGAACGGGAAGAGUAAGUAAGGUGAUAAUAGCUGUGUCGAGCGUGAGGUUGUGCUCGCCGGGAGGGAAGAUACUGCUAGGAUCGUUGCUAGGCAAAAAGUUGUACAGAAAACAGUGCAUUAGAGUGAAGACAGACAGUAACUAUCAAGUAGUGGAUUAAUUAAUUAUACUACUGUAAUCGAUUAAUAAAUUCUACACCGAUCAACGCUAAAGAAACCACGUGCAGAACACGUGCAUAGUGCGGAAAAUAAAACACUGAACAAUAUUUAAAUAUGUAUCAAGAUAAAAAAAGAA